AUGGCAGAAAAACAAACAAAACGUCAUAGAGAAGAACAAGUCCAAGCCACCACUAUACAAGAUUCACCAAUCCAAAAACGUCAAAACUCAUGCACACAAGAGCAAGAACAAGUGCUUGAUGAGGAUAUUUUUGACCCGUUUCAAGUACCCGACCCGGAACUGCCUCCCAUGCAGAGCACGCAAACAGUGGAGCCAGCCACAGAGGAUUGCAGCCCUAGCUGCAUGUUGACAAAAGAAGAAGAAGAUGAUGAGAAGGAGAGGAUGAUAAGGCAUCUUCUAGAAGCUUCUGACGAUGAGCUCGGGCUGCCUGAUAAAUCAUCCGGGUUGGGUGAAGAUUUUAUUGGGCCAGUGGAUCUUUUCGAUGACCCGUUUUCAUGUUGUGAUGGGAUAUGGGAGCUUGAAGAUGAGGUUGCUAAUUACUCUACUUUGCUUCAAGCUGAACUCUUUAUGUAG